AUGUUCUCGCAAGCCGACCAUUGGUUCUGGCCCGUAGCCCUGCCCAUCUUCGAUUUCAGCUUGAAAUUUGAGGAGACUAUCCUCCAACUACUGCCCUCUUGCUCGUUCCUUCUUUUUGCAUCGGCCACUUUCCUGUACUACUGGAACACAAAAGCUCGAAUUCGCCGGAGCAGACUGCUGUGGACAAAACUGGGCGUUUCGCUUGUCCUCGUUGCCCUCGAGCUCACUAGCUUGGUCUUGCGUUCUCUAUCGACCAAUGGUACUGAAACCACCUCAUCAGCUGCCUCGCUUGACUUUGUUGCCGCCUUGGCCAUUGCUGGAGUGGUGUAUGUUGAACAUGGACAUGCCAUCAGGACCUCGGCGCUUCUCGGUCUCUACCUUGGUAUCGGCAUCCUAAUCGAUGUCAUCAAAAGCCGCUCGUACUUUCUACGCAGUCUGGCAUCUUCCGGGGCUGUCGCAGCGGCAGCGGCCACCGCGCGACUUGUUUUGGUGAUUGUCGAGGAAGUACCAAAGACCACUCUGAUUAUCGACCCCGAGCUUCGUACCAUGUCUGAUGGCGAAGCUACCUGUGGAUUUUAUAGCAGAAUAUGCUUUCUCUUCCUCCGACCCAUGAUGCGCCUUGGAUAUCGUGGUAUACUUGUCAUAGAUGACUUGAGCGACCUGGGCAUCGAGUUUGCUUCGAGAUGCCUCUUUGCCGAGCUAUCAGACAGCUGGCCAACGUCGCAACGGGUCUCGAGACACGCCUUAUGUACCGCCUGUUUCAAAGCCUGGAAAUGGUCCAUAUUCCUUAUUUUCGCUCCGCGGCUAUUUGUCAGUGGCUUCAUGUACUCUCAGCCCUUCGUCAUGCGUUCUGUCAUCAGUGAUAUUGGAAAGCCCGAUGAGGGUCAAAAGGGCGGCCUUAUUGCCGCCGUCUUGUUCGCCUUCUCUGGACCUGCUAUAUGCCGAGCUGCCUCGACACAGCUAAAGAAUCGCCUAGUCACCCGAGUUCGAGGUGGAUUGUUUUCGCAUAUUUUCGACAAGUCUUACCGGCUUGAGGUGUCCGAAGCAAAAAAGCAGGCUGCGAUAACCUUGAUGAGUGCCGACUUUGAGAGUAUCGCCGAGGGCAUCCCUGCUUGCAUUGAAGUUCCUUUUGCGAUUCUGGAAUCUUGUCUGGGUGUUUAUUUUCUCGCUCAUUUCGUUAAUCUGUCGUGCUUGGUGGUUUUUGCGCCGCUACUUUUCACUCACAUCAUUGGUGUCAUAUUUGGCAAUGCCUCGUCGUCUGCCGUGGCGUUCUGGAAUGAGAAAAUUGAGAUGAGAGUGACGAGGACGUCUCAAAUUCUCUCUCAGCUUCCAGCUAUCAAGAGCCUUGGACUUGGCCCCCAAAUGGCACAGUUCAUCCAGCAUCUUCGAGUGCUGGAAACAGCUGCGUCGACGAAAUACCGCUGCAUCCAGGCCGCAUCCCUUUCCGCAGCUGUACUGAUUGAUCAGUUUACGCCUGUCUUGGUUGUUGCAGUCGGAAUAUUCGCGCAUGUGCUCGGUGAUAGGCUUGACCCCGAGAUUGUCUAUCCAACUUUGGGCGUCCUGACACUGGUGCAAGGACCUCUCGCGGAUCUACUCACAAUGUACCCCGAGGCCAUGUCUAUGCUGGGUUGCUUUGACAGAAUCCAACAGUUUCUAUGCCAAAAUGAGCACAAAGAUCCGCGCGUGGUAUCGCGCAAGUGCAAUGAAACGCACCAAGAGAAGCCAUCAUCACCCGGCCUGCAAAGCAAGUCGGAGAAGUUUGCCCUUCAGACCUCGUUUGCCGUAGUCUGUUUUGAACAAGCGAAAAUCGCCCCGAGAGGAUCAGAGGAAGUAGUCCUCUCCGAUGUGGAUUUCUCUAUUGAUGCUGGAUCAAUUACGUCCAUGUUCGGUCCUACAUGUUCUGGAAAGACAACCUUGUUUGAAAGUAUGCUAGGCGAGGCAAACAUUCUUGAAGGGAAAAUAUUUGUCGACGAAACGGUCGUGGCUAUGGCGUUUUGUGGCCAAGACGUGUAUUUGCCAAAUGGCACGGUGCGUGCCUGCAUCGUUGGGACUUGUGAAUAUGAACCAACUUGGUUCAACACUGUCGUAACAUGCUGCAGGUUAUCCGAGGACCUUGGGCGACUACCAAAUGGCGACAACUACAUCAUUGGUAGCGGCGGUAUUGCUUUGAGUGGUGGACAACGCCAAAGGAUUGGAAUCGCACGAGCUGUCUAUGCACGUGCUCGCGUGGUUCUCUUGGACGAUGUCUUCAGCGCUAUAGACAGAAAAACAGCACUCGCGAUCUUGUUUGGCCUAUGCGGUGAGAACGGUCUCCUUCGUCAGCUGAAUUGUACAGUGGUGGUCUCGAGCUACUUGGCCGAAUGUCUCGACGUUGCCGACAACCUCCUCCUCCUUGCCGGCAAUGGCAGCGCCUCCUUUGAGCCCCGCGAGUGCAAAGGCAAGCUAGAGGCACAGGUGGCUUGUCUUCUUCACCAGGGGCUGCUUGAACCAAAAGAGGGCUCUCCUGACCAAGAGGCUCGAGGAGCAGACCAGGCCGAGCAUCCGGCUGCCACCUCAGCUAUUGGUGUCCAACGCAUGGACGAGUCUCGCCAGAAAGGAGAUAAAGACCUCUACAUUCUCUGGAUUGAUUCGGUCGGGCGUCUGGCGAUAACCCUUUUCACCUUGCUGAUGAUACUGGUGGCCGCGUCGGAUGCAUUUCCCUCCAUCUAUAUCAGAGUAUGGAUUGACAUCGCCCCGGGCAAUAAGAAGUACCUCAUUGGGUAUGCCUUGAUAGCGGCAUCUGCUGGUCUACUCGCUGGUACCUGUCUAGUCACCAUGUUCACCAAACUUGCUCCUCGUGCUUCCAACGGUCUCCAUGAGAAGCUAACCAGUGCGGUGACACAAUCUACGCUUGGGUUUCUAAGUACUACCGAUUCGGGAGACCUUCUAAACCGUUUCAGUGAAGACAUGGAGUUGCUUUCAAAACGCGUACCAACUCAACUGUAUUCAACGCUGUAUAGCUCCCUGGGAGUUCUCGCCCAUGUAGGAGCGGUUCUAGCUGGCACGACAUAUAUGGUCUCGAUAUUACCUAUCGUCGCAUUUUUCCUCUUUUUCAUACAGCGCUACUAUCUUUAUACCUCUCGCCAGCUCCGACUCCUCCAAAUCGAGGCGCAAGCACCUCUGGUAACCUCCCUUCGUGAUAUUGGAACGGGCCUGGCCUAUAUCCGUGGGUUUCGCAGCGAAGAACAAGAAUUUGCUCGCUGCUUGUACUUGCUGGAUCGUUCACAAAAGCCAUACUAUGCGUUGCUCUCUUCACAGGCAUUCCUGUACAUGGUUGUAGAACUCGUUGUCGCACUCAUGGCCGUGGUUCUUACAAUUCUUGCACUAUAUGUGACGGAUUCGACUUCCCCAAAUGCCGCGGGUCUUGCGUUCUUGAACCUGAUCAAUCUUGGUACUGGCUUCAAUAUGGUUGUCAAUGCCUGGACAGCAAUGGAAACUGCAGUUGGCUCUCUCUCGAGGUUGCGCAACUUUCUGAGAGACACUCCGACAGAACAGAGGGGCAAAGCGGCGGACCUCCCAGAAAAUUGGCCUUCGAGAGGCGAGGUUCUAUUUGACAAUGUGACCGCCCGCUAUAAGCUGGACUACAAAACUGAGCAGGCUGCUGUGCUUCAAGGUAUUCAUCUUCAGAUAGACUCCGGGAAGAAGAUUGGUAUCGUGGGACGCUCAGGCAGUGGCAAAUCCUCUCUGCUGCUCUCGCUUCUCGGGUUCCUAGAGUACGAAGGCAAAAUAACCAUUGACGACGUGGAUGUGAAGACUGCUCAUCCAGAUCAGCUCCGCACUCGUGUCAUCACAAUCUCACAGGAUCUGGUCGAGCUGGACGGCACAAUUCGAGACAAUAUGCUACCGUAUGACAAGUGCUGGGCUGGGACAAAGCCGGUCAAUCCAGGCGCGGAACAGCAGCGGGAAGCCGAGCGGAAAGACCACAUUGUGCGGGAGACACUUGUGCGGUUAGGAAUCUGGGAACGACUACCCGCCAAAGGUGGCUUGGACGCCAUCCUGGACAAGGUUGGAUACUCGCACGGAGAAAAGCAACUGCUCUGUAUCGCGAGGGCUGUUGUGCGCCGGCGCUUGACGAAUAGCAGGCUGGUGCUGGUGGACGAAGCCACAGCCAGCGUCGAUAGUUGGCGGGAACAGAUUGUGCGGGAGAUGAUGCUGGAGUACUUUCGAGAUUGUACCAUCAUUGUGGUUGCGCACCGCGAAGAGACCGUCGCAGACUCCAAUCGCACAGUGCACAUGGCCGGCGGCAAGAUUGAACAUGUCGACGACUGGGAUCAUUGGCGGGGCUAG